AUGAAGAUUCAGAAAAAGCUGACUGGCUGCAGCAGGCUGAUGCUUCUGUGUCUUUCUCUGGAGCUGCUGUUGGAAGCUGGGGCUGGGAAUAUUCACUACUCAGUGCCGGAAGAGACAGACAAAGGUUCCUUCGUGGGCAACAUCGCCAAGGACCUAGGGCUGCAACCCCAGGAGCUGGCAGAUCGCGGAGUCCGCAUCGUCUCCAGAGGUAGGAUGCCGCUUUUCGCUCUGAAUCCUAGAAGUGGCAGCUUGAUCACCGCGCGCAGGAUAGACCGGGAGGACCUCUGCGCUCAGAGCAUGCCGUGUCUCGUGAGUUUUAAUAUCCUUGUUGAGGAUAAAAUGAAGCUUUUUCCUGUUGAAGUAGAAAUAAUUGAUAUUAAUGACAACACUCCCCAAUUCCAGUUAGAGGAACUGGAGUUUAAAAUGAAUGAAAUAACCACUCCAGGUACCAGAAUCUCAUUGCCUUUUGGGCAAGACCUUGAUGUGGGUAUGAACUCACUCCAGAGCUACCAACUCAGCUCUAACCCUCAUUUCUCCCUGGAUGUGCAACAGGGAGCCGAUGGGCCCCAACAUCCAGAGAUGGUGCUGCAGAAUCCCUUAGACAGAGAAGAAGCAGCUGUCCACCACCUCAUCCUCACAGCUUCUGAUGGGGGUGAACCAGUCCGUUCAGGGACCCUCAGAAUUUACAUUCAGGUGGUGGAUGCAAAUGACAAUCCUCCAGCAUUUACUCAGGCACAAUACCAUAUAAAUGUCCCCGAAAACGUGCCGCUGGGUACUCAGCUGCUCAUGGUAAAUGCCGCUGACCCUGAUGAGGGAGCCAAUGGGGAAGUAACGUACUCCUUUCACAAUGUAGACCACAGAGUGGCCCAAAUAUUUCAUUUAGAUUCUUACACAGGAGAAAUAUCAAAUAAAGAACCACUAGAUUUUGAAGAAUACAAAAUGUAUUCAAUGGAAGUUCAAGCCCAGGAUGGUGCGGGGCUCAUGGCUAAAGCUAAGGUACUGAUCAAAGUUUUGGAUGUAAAUGAUAAUGCCCCAGAAGUGACCAUCACCUCUGUCACCACUGCAGUUCCAGAAAACUUUCCUCCUGGGACCAUAAUUGCUCUUAUCAGUGUGCAUGACCAGGACUCAGGAGACAAUGGCUACACCACAUGUUUCAUUCCUGGAAAUUUACCCUUUAAAUUGGAAAAGUUAGUUGAUAAUUAUUACUGUUUAGUGACUGAAAGAACACUGGACAGAGAACUUAUCUCUGGGUACAACAUCACAAUAACAGCAAUAGACCAAGGAACUCCAGCUCUAUCUACUGAAACUCACAUUUCACUACUAGUGACAGAUAUCAAUGACAACUCCCCAGUCUUCCAUCAGGACUCCUACUCUGCCUACAUUCCCGAAAACAACCCCAGAGGAGCCUCCAUCUUCUCUGUGAGGGCCCACGACUUGGACAGCAAUGAGAAUGCACAAAUCACUUACUCCCUAAUAGAGGACACUAUCCAGCGGGCACCCCUAUCUGCCUACCUCUCCAUCACCUCCGACACUGGGGUCCUGUAUGCGCUGCGAUCCUUCGACUAUGAGCAGUUCCGGGACUUGCAACUGAAAGUGAUGGCGCGGGACAGUGGGGAUCCGCCCCUCAGCAGCAACGUGUCUCUCAGCCUAUUCGUGCUGGACCAGAACGACAACGCGCCCGAGAUCCUGUACCCCGCCCUCCCCACAGAUGGUUCUACCGGCGUGGAGCUGGCUCCCCGCUCCGCAGAGCCCGGCUACCUGGUGACCAAGGUGGUGGCGGUGGACAGAGACUCGGGCCAGAACGCCUGGCUGUCCUACAGCCUGCUCAAGGCCAGCGAGCCGGGACUCUUCUCGGUGGGUCUGCACACGGGCGAGGUGCGCACGGCGCGAGCCCUGCUGGACAGAGACGCGCUCAAGCAGAGCCUCGUAGUGGCCGUCCAGGACCACGGCCAGCCCCCUCUCUCCGCCACUGUCACGCUCACCGUGGCCGUGGCCGACAGGAUCCCCGACAUCCUGGCCGACCUGGGCAGCCUCGAGCCCUCCGCCAAACCCAACGAUUCGGACCUCACUCUGUACCUGGUGGUGGCGGUGGCCGCGGUCUCCUGCGUCUUCCUGGCCUUCGUCAUCGUGCUGCUGGCGCACAGGCUGCGGCGCUGGCACAAGUCACGCCUGCUACAGGCUUCGGGAGGCGGCUUAGCGAGCAUGCCCGGUUCGCACUUUGUGGGCGUGGACGGGGUUCGGGCUUUCCUGCAGACCUAUUCCCACGAGGUCUCCCUCACUGCGGACUCGCGGAAGAGCCACCUGAUUUUCCCCCAGCCCAACUAUGCGGACACACUUAUCAGCCAGGAGAGCUGUGAGAAAAAGGAUUUUCUAUCAGCACCCCAGUCUUUACUUGAAGACAAAAAGGAACGAUUUUCUCAGGUAAACUUUUGUGAUGAAUGUAUAAACUAUCUAGAGAAAAAUAAUUCUUGAUUUAACUUACUAGCGUUCGCUCUUUGCUACAGAUAGUUCUUCUAACCCAUGUAUCUUUGUAGCUUUUUAUUACAAGUCCUGCAAAAUCACGAUUGAGUCUACACGUUCAUAUGCAGGUAAAUUUAUAAUUGUUCUUGCACUGAAAAGGAGACUGUGACCAUAAUGUAGGUGGUUGGGUUGAAGGUAUGUGUGAGAUGCCAUCUCUGUUUGGAAAGAGCACUGCAUUAGAAACAGGGCGAUCUAGCUUCUAACAUUUUCUUACUUGCCUCUGGGCUAAAAGGUUUGAUUAGAAAAGGCUCACCAAUAUUUAAAUGACUAACACUAUUUUCAAAUUUUCUUUUUAUAAGUACCUGCUAAUCUACCCCUGAAUUUAAUGUAGAUGUCAUCUGUCAGGACACUGUGAUAUUUUAUUUGGGGACAUUUGAAGAGGAGAAGAUUGUCUAAAGUAGUAUUUUUAGUUGUGUUCAUAUAAGAUUAUAGAGAUCUAUAUAAACUGCAAUUUUAAAUUAUUGUUGAAUAUUUUAGCCUUUUAUUCUAUCUUUAUUAUCAGAUUUUUUUGGUUUUGAGAUGGGGUCAUGCUGAAGUGCAGUGGCAUGAUCAUAGCUCACUGCAGCCACUACCUCCUGGGCUCAAGCGAUCCUCCCACCUCAGCCUCUCAAAGUGCUGAUAUUACAGGUGUGAGCUGUGGUGCCUGUACUGAAGAAUACAUCUAUUUAAGUAAUUUAUGAAGUAACAAAAUGAACAACAGAAAAUUUAUCAUGCAACUUGAGAAAUAGCUUUGAAGCCUCCUGACUUAUACAUUAUACCUGUAAUGAAAUCAACUAACAAAAAUCAAGUAUAUAUCCUAUUUUAAUGUGUGUUAACUUUUCAGAAGAAAAAAAAGUAUGGUCGGGGAGUAAGUCCAUGCUUUGAUGUAUUUACUCUGCUCCAAUAAAAUACAGAGAUACAUAAAAUAUAAGAGGAAAGCAAAAGCAAAGUGGUGAGCUAGUCUAAAGCCAUGUGAGUUAUAGUCUUGGACUUAAAAGCAGAAAUUGAAGGUUAGGAAACUGCCUCCAGCAAUGUAAUAGGGACAGAAGUGCUUCAGACUAGAUAAAUAUCUGGACCAGGCUUACUGCCUGAAUCCAAAAUAAGCAAUGAGGCCCUUCAGCUGGUUAAAAAGGAAAAGAAAGAUGCAUUAACAUGCUGCCUAGCUGGGCGCAGUGGCUCACGUCUGUAUUUCCAACAAUUUGAGAGGCUGAGGCGGAAAGAUCCUUGGAGCCCUGGAGUUCAAGACCAGCCGGACAGGGCGGCCUGCGACUGUAGUCCCAGCUACGCGGGGCGGGGAGGGGCGGGGCGGGGCGGGGCGGGGCAGGAGCUGACGUGGGAGGAUCCCUUGAGCCCAGGAAGUCAAGGCUUCAGCGAACCGUGAUCGCGCCACUGCCCUCCAGCCUGGGCGACAGAGCCACACCCUGUUAAAUAAAUAAAUAUAAUAAUAAAAGCUGUUUCCCAAUUCCGGUGGUUAUAACUUUCUUCGUAAGCUGUGUAGACCAAGAGAGAGAGACAGACACGGAUGCUGGAUAGAGACAGCGAACACCAAGUAUCUCAUAUGUGAGCUGUGGUAUCCAGAAUAUCACUGCUGUGCAUCAUUAAAGCGUCAUUAAGAGACCUAGUUAUGGCCUGGGACCUGAGGUCAGAUAGAAACUAUUUCAAAACCAUUACAAAUGAGCACUGAACCCAGGAGGGAAGGAGAGAGGGAUAUAGUGUAGAAGAGAAAAAAACAAACUAAAACUGAAAACAAACAGAGCUCUUCCACUAAAAAUAAAUAUACAAACCAAAAUUUCAAAACACACUUGUCUCGUAGAAUUUAUUGUUACUAGUGAGAAACUUUCUGUCAACACACUGUUAUUUUUUAAGGUAAUCUCUGUUUUCUCUCUGAUAACU